AUGAAUAACAAACAAUGCAAAGAGUGUGUUAUAUCGCAAACGAUGGCCACACGCAUCAUACACCUGCCAAAAUACAGCCGCCUCAGCUGUCUUGUCAAACCACUAACAAUCAGUGCACGCACUUUCGCCACCGCGACCGCCUCUACCAAUCCACCUCAAUUCACCACACUCAGCGUCGACGAUAGAACGGGCAUCGCCACACUCACACUCAAUCGACCGCCGGCAAAUGCGCUCAACGCUCUAUUCAUGGGCGAAAUUCAGCGCUCUAUCACAGAUUUGGAGAAAGAGAAUUGUCGUGGUCUCAUACUCACCUCUUCGUCGGAACGUAUCUUCUCUGCCGGACUUGAUUUAAAAGAAUGCUACAAGGCGGAGGUGGCGAGUUUGGAGGGUCUUUGGUGUGCCUUGCAAAAUCUCUGGCGUACGCUAUUCUCCACGCCGCUGAUUACUGUGGCGCUAAUAAAUGGCCAUGCCAUUGCGGGCGGUUGCAUGUUGGCGGUAAGUAGUGAAUAUCGUAUUAUGCUGCCGAGUUUUAAAAUCGGCGUGAACGAGACCAUGGUUGGAUUGGCGGUACCUUCGUGGUUGAUGGACACUUAUAUAAAUAUUAUGCCCAGUCGACGUAUAGCGGAAUGGGAUCUCACUUCUAGUCGUAUUUAUAGCAGUGAGUCCGCUUUGAAAGCGGGUUUGGUAGAUGAGUUGGCGUCCAGUAAAGAGGAAGCUUUGCAGAAAUCUGCAGCAUUUAUUGAUAGCUUUUCAAAGCGUACACUUAUGGCGCGCGCCAUUACAAAACAACAGUUUCGUGCGGAAAUUUUGAGGAAUUUCGAACAAAAUCGUCAACACGAUUUGGAUAUAUAUUUGAGCACCAUGCAAAAACCAUCUAUGCAAGAAUUUCUAGGCGAGUAUUUGCAAAGCUUGGACGCGAAGAAGAAGUGA